GUGGGGGGGUUCCAAUUAAGUGGCAAGUCACCCGAUUGGUUGACUGCAGACCGAAAGAGGCGGAGCACAAACUUUACUCUCUUGCACCCGUCGACGAAGCCGGUGCAUGCGAGAGCCGCGCGUGCGUGUGCGAUGGCCCAGCACCGACGACGACGUCGUCGUCGUCGUCGAAUCUCUGGACGAAGGGAGGGUAUAUAGAGGUACAUUGCACGGCAAGGGCUGGGGGCAGCCCUUGUUAUCUCGCCUAGUUAUCGACCCCCCCCCCUCUCCCCAUCUCCCUCUUAAAAAAAAAAGCGAAAAAAAAAGUUUCUCUCCGGGACAGACCCGCCCUCAGGGGCCACCUCCCCCCGUGUGCGUGAGCGACACCAGAGCCCGCCACAGUAUGUAUGUGAUUCCUCCCCUGAGUGUACGAUUGCAGCCAAAGGUUGGUGGGUAGGAUAGGGUGGGGUAAAGAGGAGGAAGAGGGGCGAGAGACACAUGUACGAGGGAAGUAUAGUAUAGCAGUCGACCCUGGUAGAGUCCUCAGAGCCCUCUCUGCAUCCGUCUCGAACGCAGGUGUCAUAAGAGGACGGGACAGGCAAUCAUCGCCAAAGACUUGACGACUAGCGCGUGUUUACACACGAAUUCGAUUUCGAAUGUUAUCCGUUUGUUGCGACUAUUUACCCAGUGCUUUGUGAGCGAUGUGUUUUGCGGUGCCAGUGAUUUAUUUUCAUCUUCCUACACCGAGUGCGCUGUUUUAGUGUCAGGACAGCCAAACAAGAUUCUUUUGAUUUGUUUUGGAAAUUCUUACCGGUGUUUGCAGCGUGAUUGGAAAAAAACAAACAAACAAAGGAAGAAGACACUCUUUGAAAAGUUCGAAGUUGACGAGAGAGGACUUAUCGUUUUGAAAUUAUUCGUUCAAAGAGGCUUUUAAGUUUCUUUGCUGUGUGGCUCUUUUUUUUUUGUCCCCUUUUCUCUACGCGAAUUCGAUUCGUCUGAGAAACGAAAAAUAAAUAGAGGAAAGACAAAAGUGGGCACGUGUCUAUUGUGACACGACAGGUCGUCUUAUGCCGGAUAUCGACACAUUUAGCUUCUCGUAUAUGCCGGCGGACGUCAUGUCUGCAGUUAUGGAGUCGAACGCGGAAGAAAAUCCCAAAAUGUUGUUCCAAUGCGAGCGACGGGCUCUGCACGAACGGGCCGCCGACUGGUCAGUUCGGACUCAUCACAACCACAUGACCGGCCGCGGUCACGAUGUCAUGCAUAUGCCGCCCUAUUUCCCGCCGCCGUUCCCGCCUCAGCAGCAAGUCGGCGUCGAAUUCCACCCAUCAUCCGGCUCUGUCCAGCUGGGUAAUUCAUCCGGCAACAACGACCCUUAUUCACUCAACGUCCAUCAGAGCCACUAUUCUACCCACAGCCAAAUCCAACGCACGCACGAAGUCCUACGACGUGCAGAACACGAAGCCCUCGAUUGCGUUUUUGUGUCGCAGACGGGCAAUGUUCACUUUUCUUACGACCCGUCGGGAGGACGCGGAGGCAACAGUGGACGAAGCGAAGGAAACCAGUACAACGUUGUCCGACGGCCCGAUGUCCUCGUACAGCAUCACGUGCUGGAUUCAGGCGAGACGAUCGUCAUUCCAGGCAAUCUAGCCUCUACACCGCUUUCAUCUCAUCACAAUAUCGACGAUGGACAGACUCCCAGCGUCGAGAGCGAUUCCAAUUUCAUAUCCACCGACCAGAUGUCUAUCGUCAAAAAAGAAUUCGAUGUGUUGCUGUCUGGCCCAGUUUCACCAACGGACGUGUUCUGCUCGGUGCCCGGUCGCCUGUCUCUCUUGUCGUCCACCUCCAAGUACAAGGUGACGGUCGGUGAAGUCCAGCGACGCCUCUCGCCGCCCGAAUGCCUCAACGCCUCCCUCCUCGGUGGAGUCCUUCGCAGAGCCAAAUCGAAGAACGGAGGACGCGAGCUGCGCGAGAGUCUGGAGCGGAUAGGACUGAGCCUGCCGGCGGGGCGUCGGAAGGCGGCCAACAUCACGCUGCUCAGCUCCUUAGUCGAAGGCGAGGCAAUUCACCUGGCCCGCGAUUUCGGCUACGUCUGCGAGACAGAGUUCCCUUCACGACAAGUGGCCGAGUACCUGUGCCGCCAGCAUACGGACCCUAGUGACCAGUACCGACGAAAAGAACUCAUUCUCUCAACCAAGCAAAUCACCAAAGAGCUGAUGGACUUGCUCAACCAGGACCGAUCUCCGCUAUGCAACACGCGGCCGCAAAUCAUCCUGGAGCCCAACAUCCAGCGUCAUUUGACGCAUUUUUCGCUCAUCACUCAUGGAUUCGGUAGUCCCGCCAUCGUUGCAGCGCUCACCGCCAUUCAGAACUUCCUGAACGAGUCUCUGAAGUAUCUGGACAAAAUGUACCCGACGUCGGUGACGUCCAUGUCCGACGGCAAGUCCAAAGACAUGGACAAACAGAAAUAAACUGGGCCGGAAAGCAGCGGCGCCGGCGUUGGCAGUAGUAAUUAGCUAAUCAACAACGAGAAUUUUUGAAUCGUUCAUAAUAAGAAGAAAAAGGCCAAGAUGUGUGUUAGUUUUUUUUUUUUUUUCGUUGUUGUUGUUGUUGUUGGGUGUUCUUUUUUUUUUUGUGAACAUAAAAAAAAAAAAAGAAGAAUGAUUCUAAAUGGUGAUGAAGAGAUGAAGCAUGACAUCGCUGCUGUUCUGCAAAUAUGUAAACGCCGCAGCCAAGCCAGCCUAGCCAGCAAACAAAAAAACAAAAAAAGCAAAAAAAAAAAAAUGUUUAAUAAAAAUGAAACUUCCUCUCGGUGUGCUCAACCAGCCAAAAAGACAACAACAACAACAAAUGAAGAUUAUAAGAAUUAAAAAAAAAAAAAAAAGUGAAAAAAAAAAA